AUGCUCACAAACUCUGUGGUGGAUUUCUGUAUUACUCGAUUUACAAGACCAACACCCUCUCUCUCGCUGGCUUGCACUUCUGUAGUAUUUUUCUUUAUCGCGUGCGCCUAUGCGAAUCGCUCAACACCGAAUCAGAGCUCUUCGGAUUUGCAAGGAGAUUGGAGCACUUACAAGUAUGUGCUCUUGCCUAUCAAUCUACAAGAACACUGGAGUUUUGUGGAAAUUCAGAAUUGUACGGACGGAUCCAAGCUGUACUACCACAUAGACUCAGUGCAAGGUGGCCACGACUCCAAGCACAUCUUCGCCGUGCUCGAUUGGGCAAACACGGUACUAGCGGCAAGGAGCGUUACAGGAACUGCGUACUCGUACGAGACUAAACCGCGCCAAUCAAACCCAGUUGAUUGCGGUAUCUGCAUGCUCCACUACGUGUACAAGAUCAAAACGCACAUCGACAAUCACAAGCCAGCGUCAAUCAUGUGGCAGAUUGAGGCGCUUACUAAAGGUGGCUUUAAAGUCUCAAAGAUAAGUCAGGCGAGGAACUCACUACAGCGCCAACUAGCUAAGAUAGUGGAAUACGGCACCAGUAGUUCCAUUUACAUAUAUCGUAUAUGA